AUGUCUAUUGAAAAGAGCUUCAAUUUUAUAUCCAAAGAUAUAGAGUACCAGGCGACUGUACAUGCGCAGCCAAGAGAAAUAAGGAUAACUAUUACCAAUUUAAAAGGAGGGAUGACCUGGAUUGGGAAUUUUACUGAAAGCUAUAUUGAAGAAUUGACAAGAAAAACAGGCAACUAUAUGCAGUUUCCGAACGUGGUUAAGCUAUUAUAUGCAUGUUUAGAAGCAAAGCGGAGUAAUGUGAGGGCUGAUUUCUUAUCAUAUCACGACUUAGAACAUCUGAGAAACAAGCAAAGCUUCACAAGCACCCCGCCGAAGAUAAGCAAUAAACGAUAUUUGAUUAUCAGCCACAUCACUGAGUUCGAAAAAAUCAAUUAUCCGCUCCCUUUAGUUUUGCAGUCAGACCGUCACAACCCAAAAUCAGAGAAAAACGAAGAACUUAUGGAGCUUAAGAUCGCAAACCACCAUCUAGAAAAGGAAAACCGGGUGCUUAAAGAAGAAUUGGACUCCACAAGCCAAGAAAAUUACAGUUUAAAACAAGAAUUAGAAGAUUUGAAUAAUAAAUAUAAAGGAGUAGAAGCUGAAAGAAAUCAAUUACUAGAAGAACAUGAGAGGAUUAAGAAAGAACUGGAUAAUAUCAUAGGGAAACUGGAAAUAAAAUGCAUUGAAAAAUCUGACUUAAAAAACAUGGAAAAUGCUGUUAAGAAGCAAGAAAAGGAAAUAAAAAUGCUGAAAGAAGAAAAUGAAAAGCUUAGGAAUGAGAUGGAGCAGGCAAGGAUAAGUAAGAUAGAGAGGGUUUCGCCUGAUAAGGAACAGGAAGAAAUAGAGAGUCAGUCAGGAAGCGAUUUUGAUGGGCAUGUAGAUUAUCCUCAACAGGCAGAGUCGCCAGAACCAAUUUCACCUAACAAUGAUCAGGUUGAUAGAGAUUCUGCAGAAACACGUGUAAAACAAAGUGUGAGCGCGUCACAGAAUGUUGAUCAAUUGCUGAGCAAGCUCACAUAUCUGUGUAAUAAAUACAAAGCUAAAUAA